AUGAGUACACGUGGCUGCGGAACAUCAAAACGCGCGAAAAAUCAAAAAAAGAAAAGUGGAGGAAGUAGUAAAAGAGGAAAAAAAGGAGGAAUGAGUCAAUCACCAAAAAGAACAACAACAAGUUCACGAAGGAAGGAUAAUCGAAAAAGUGAAAGACAGAAAAAAAAUGGAGGAGGAUCAAGGAAUAUAAAGAUUCUUAUAACAUCGAAUGAUCCAGUAUCACCAGAUAGAUCAGGAAGGAAAAGUGUGCAAAAAAGUUUAUCGAAGAGGUUAUCAAUGAGGGUUGAAGUACAAAAGGAACAGAAAGAUUCACCACAAUUGGCAGGAGGAAAUGGGGUAAGUUAGAGGAAGUUAGGCGAACUCUUAUAGCUUUCUUGUUUCAGCAAAAACCAGCUGCUCAAAAUAAUUCGAAAGAACCUCAAAAAGAACCCCAAAAAGAAGAAGAUCGAGAAAGAGAGGAAAUCACAAUCAAAAUCCUCAAGAAAUUCAAGAAAAAGCGAAGAUUUGAAAUUGUUCCAAAAUCAAACUACAAAACAUUUUAUCAAUUAGAUCAGAAAACAAACAAUAAUCGAUCAAUUGUUGUUCCAAUUGGACAAAAAAGUGACAAGAAAAUGAGUGCGGAACAAUGCAAAACGGCGGUUAUUAAGGUGAAAAGUAUUCCGAAGGCUGUGGAUCAAAAAGGACCCGUUGAAGUUAUGGGUACGUUCGGUGGCCUAGAACCCCAAAAGAAUUCUUAGUCCCCCCUCCUUCCUCAAAAAUCCCCAUGUUUUCAGAAGACUCCUAUGAUCAUCAUCCAAAAAUCGAUGAAAUUCUAAAAUUGGAACCUGAAGACAUCUACAAAAAUAACUCAAAUCCAGAAUGGAUGAUUCAAAUUGAACCAGAGGAAGAAGAUUUGAAAGAUAUUGAGCCAGUUUGUACGGUUGGAAGUGAACAAAUUGAAAUGUAUCAAAAUAAACAAUUUGUAUUACAUUCACCGCCGACAAAUAAGAUGUGAGUUUUUUUUUGAGUUAUGACGUGGCAACAUUUCAAUUUCAGCCUCGAACUCGAUCCUUUCGAAAAACUUUGUAUUUUAAAAGCUCGUGAUGAUGAAUAUUCGACUCCUCCACUGGUUUUUAGUAAUACAAUUCGAAGUUUGAUAAAUAUGGCUGGCUUGAAGAAUAGUAUCAAAAAACCAGUGAAAACAUCAAGAAAUCCCGGGGAAAAUGCGAUUGUUAUAGUUGAAAUUGAUCGAGAUCGAGAUUGUUUUUUAUAUUCGAGAUCUGAUCCAAUUUCAUCAGUUUCUCAAAAAGUUCGAAUGAAACGAGAAGAUGUUCCGAUGAGACAAGAUUUAUCCAUUUAUAUCAAUCAAUUACAGCAGAUUUGA